GCCGCCGCAAUAAAGAGCCUCGCUUAGCGGGCAAAGAAGCAGUAGGCGCGUUUUAGCAGCAACUGUAAAGCAAAGACGGACAGACGAUUGCAGUAGUGGUAGCGUCGUGCACACGUGCUAGUGUUUUUUGUUAGGGUCGCGCGCGAGCGCGUGUGUUUUGUGUGCGUGUGUGUGAGUGUGAGUGUACGUGAGCCAGAAGGAGGCUCACAAACAGCAUGAGAAUCACGCUUUCCGUGCUCCUCGCCACGCUCACAAUUUAUUGCAGCUCGUCGGUUUUAUCUUUGCCACCAUCGCUUAUCGCCACAGCGGCAUCCUUGGGACGGCACUACGCUCGCCAAAAACGAAAUAACCAAGGCGUUCCAACAGCCAACGCCGCUGGUGAUGACGACGAUGAUGAUGUCAACAUGAACGCGCAUGCAUUUGUCUUUGGUGGCGGCGAUCCGCUUGCCAACUUUAAUGAUGACGCCGCGGUAGAUAAUGUGUACAACGAUGCUGGUGAAGUUGCUGAUAUGGCCAGCAGUAAUGGCGACCACAACUACGACGACGACGAUGGCGACGACGAUGAAGACACCAAUGCCGCCAAUGACAUUUUAAUGCUGCUCAAUGGCGAACAAGAUGUCAUGAAAUUCUUGAGUUGGGCCAUGCAGCAGCUCUACCCAUAUCAGCAUUUUGCCAAUAAGAGCGGCAACGGUGGCGCGGAGUAUUACCACCCAGGCAUGUUCAACUGGAAGAAAUUUAAUUUAUCGGGACACCUCGAGCCGCCAUUAUUGGUAGAGGAGCCGCAUUAUGUGAUUGUGCGGCGUGAGCAGCUGGAAGAAGAUCUGCAGCCAGGCGCACGCACCGCAAAUCGUCAAUCAACACAGCGAAGUUCACCCUAUCUGAGUGUUUUCAAUUUCAAUCACGGCCCACAGUACAAAGCCGAUCCAUUCAUACCACCGCGCGGUCGCAAACACAAUUUGCCCGAUUUGGAUGCGUUGCUGAAUCGUUAUGAGACAUUUGUGCCGAACCGCGGCAAACGCGACAGAAUCAAAGACAUUUUUAAGUAUGAUGAUCUAUUCUUUCCGAAUCGCGGCAAAAAGCAACAGAAGCCGCCAAAGGCCACAGCACUGGCGCUCAACGGGCAAUCGCAACGGCACUAUGACGAUGAGACCAACGAUUUGAAGGGAAUUGGAAGCGCGAAUGAAGGCAAUUCUGACUACGUUGGAGAUAGAGCGCUAUUGUUAGACAGUCAAGUUGAUGGCGACGAUGACAGCAACUUGACAGCGCCGCCUGCUAUUGACGCCAUGCGCCGCAUGUUGGGCGGAAUAAUGAAAAGUGUGCGGCCGCAUACACUUGACAUGGCAUCGCCGGGAAAUGAAGCGCGCGGCGGCGACGAUAGUGGAACGCUAGGAAUUAGGUAUGACAAGAACAGUGAUGACAACAGCAAAAAUUAUAGUGACACAAUUGACAGCAAUCUGGAGGCUGAUGGUGAUAGCAAUGGCGAUGGCGAAAACGACGCUGUCGUCAGCGCCUUUGUUGGCUGGCCUUUGAAAAAUGACGACAACGCAGCGUUAACAAGCAAUCAAAUAAAUGGGAACAAUCAAUCAGUCAAACCAUCAAUGCCAAAAAUAGGCGCGAUCAACGCAUUGACCCAUGCAAUGCUCAAAAGGCCUGCCAUGAUUGCUGCAGAGCCACAGCAUUGGCGCAGCGCUUUUAAGAAUCGUCGAAUGCGACGCGUGGCGGGCAUAUUCGCCGGUGCGACACGGCUCGCAGCUAAUCGUUUGCGCUCAAUGUCAACAGUGAGUCAGAGGCAGCGGCAACGCUACCAGCUUCAGCGGCAAAUUAGACAGCAAUUGCACUACAAUCAACAGGGGAGCGACCUACAACUGCAACAACAACAACAACCAUCCAAUAAAGUGACGCUGCGCUACUUCAGCCGCCAUUUGCGAAGCGAACAAUUCCAAAAACAACAACAGAAGAAGCAGGCACAACGUCGCACUACUUGGCAGAUGUCACUGCCGCCAUCAAAUCAGGUGCGAACCGAAAUCAACGCUUUGGAUCGUUUGCCCUGGCGACUGGUAAAACCAAAACCAAAGCAGCGACAUAAUAAAAACCCGUUGACAGCCCAACAUCUGCCUUUGACAUGGCUGCAACACUUGCCGGUGGAACAAGAACAAACGCAAUCAGAACGACUGCAACAACUACAACAGCAAUUGCAACAACAUUUGCUUGAUCGAGUUGAUGGUGUCGAUGCUGGGCACAUCAGCUCUCCAGAGACCUUGGAUAUUGAUCGCAUCUAUUUAAACAUUUAAAGUUUAAUAAUACCGCUGUUGGCUCCCAUUUUUUUGCUCAUUAUCAUUGGCACCUUUGCGGCAUUAGAAAUGCAUUGCAGAAAAUACGACUAAUAAGAUUUUGUAGAAAAGAGAUUUUUUUUAAUAUAUUUAGAUUUUUGAGUGAAUUUUAUAAGAAUACUAUGAAAUAAAAACGCACAGAAACGCAACAAAACACGGUUGCAACUUGCAUGCAUAUGACCGUAAAUAUGUACAUACAUUACUAAUUACAUGGAAAUGUGGUGAAAUGCAGAGAAACGCAUG